AUGGCAUCUUUAUUCAUACGUCGCCUUCCCCGGGCACUUGCUCUCAUCGCAAGUUUAAUCAAUGUGACCACUGCACAGUCUUCCGAAACCUUAUGGCCACUGCAGACAUACAAGAGCUCAUCGAUUAAAACCCCAUCUAUGAAUAUCACAAAGAUGGGCCAAACGGAGCCAGGAUAUCUGUUUCUCACACCGCACGACAUAAUGCGAGAAACCGGUCAUCCAACCAUCUACUCAGACGACGGCCAACUAGUAUGGCAAGGCGCUGGUGGAAACUAUUCUGCACUCCAGCCCCAAAUGCUACAUGGCGAACCAGUGAUCGCCUAUUGGAGCGGAUUUGCCGGUCAUGGAUUCGGGUUCGGCCACAUCAGCAUCUUAAACAGUUCGUACGACGAGAUCCACCGCGUUACACUGUCCUGCGAGGAGCAAAAUUUCGUCACGGUAUUCGAUCCAAUGAAGUUUAACUCCUGUAUUGACAUUCACGAAAGCCAGAUUACCGAGAAUGGCACAAUUCUCGUCACCGCGGUGAAUGUCACUCAGGCUAACUUGAGCUCCAUUGGCGGAAAAAAGGAUGGCUGGAUUCAGGAUGGCCUUAUCUAUGAGAUUGAUAUUGCGACCAACGAGAUUCUUUUCCGGUGGAGUGCUCACAACCAUAUCGAUCAGGUCCCGCUGGUUGAUGUUCGUGCUCCACUUGAGGGCUCAGACGGUUCAGGUGUGAAUUCGACUUAUCCUUAUGGAUACCCCCAUUUGAAUUCUAUCUACAGAUAUGGCGAUGAUUAUUUGGUGUCAUCGCGGUAUAUGUGCAGUGUGUUUUUGAUCGCACAGAAUGGAACGGUUAUAUGGCACCUGCAUGGCCGAACUGGUGGGGACUUCACACUAGGUCUGGGAACAGGUUUCUGCUACCAGCAUGAUGUGCGCUUUGUAUCCCAAAGUCCUGAGCGUGUGACAUUGACCAUGCACAACAACGAGAAUACCGAAUUUACAGGCCACACAUCACUGACCACGGGCCUGAUACUGAAUGUCGAACUACAAGGGUCCAAGGAGGUGACACUCGUUGGUCGAACAUGGGAUGCCGCUGAGCCUGUAUACGCCCAGUCUCAGGGUAGCUACCAGAGUCUCGGAAACGGACAUGUCUUGCAAGAUCAUGGUGCGACGCCUAAAAUCGAGGAGUAUGAUGAAAAUGGGGCGAUUGUCAUGCGGGCUAGAUUUGGGUAUGACAAUACCAUGCAGACCUAUCGCACUUACCGUUACCCCUGGCUCGGGCGCCCGUCUACAAAGCCUGGCGUCGUUGCUUGUCCAACUAAAGGGGGGAAGACUGCUGUUUAUGUGAGCUGGAAUGGAGCUACAGAUGUUGGUUCCUGGAAGGUCACUUCUGGAACCAAUGUCAGUCAAACAGCUUUGCGCAAUGGAUUUGAGACUACUAUCUUAGUAGCUGGACUUUCAGAUGGGGCUUCGGUUAAGGUAGAGGCUUUGGGUGGUGUGGGGGAUGGGACGAAGUCUGAGUCAGUCACUGUUGGCCAGGGUUGCUAA